ACAGAUGUAGAUGAAUGUUCCCGAGGUUUGGACAAUUGCGACAGCAAUUCUGAAUGUAGUAACACUAUUGGCAGUUUUUCGUGCAUAUGCAACCAUGGUUUUACCGGAAAUGGUGUGACUUGCGAUGGUAGGCAAUGCAAUCUUGUUAUUACGGGCAACUCAAUAUUGCAAUCAGCAAUCACUUUGUAUUCUUUUCUUCACUUCUUAUAUUUCUUUGUAGACAUUGAUGAAUGUUCUCUAUCUAUUGACAACUGUCGACAUCAAAGCCGAAGCUGUAUCAACAUUGAUGGAUCUUUUUUGUGUAGUUGCGGUAGUGGAUAUUCUUGGAAUGGGACGGCUUGUGAGGGUAAAAGAUUGCAGUAGGCUACACCACAUAAAAAGCCAAUUUUCAAUAUUUUCAAUAGAUUAAAUACCAUUUCUGAUACACCCUAUAAUAUGAUACAUUUUGAGACAUCCUUCCUGUGGAGUUUCGUUUUGAAGUAUCUUUGCUUUAUCGACAUUAAUUAAUAGACUUUUUUUGAUUUUCAUAAUUUCGCAGGAUUGUAUAAAUAUCUGUUCGCAUGCAGUUCGCCCAGGUAAUGCUAUAUAUAGUAAUAUUGGAUUUUAUUGCCUUCAUUCACUUAUGUAUAUUGCUGUGAAUUUUUACAGGGAUAUCUGUCAGGCUGCAAGGACCAUCAAGUGACACUGGCACUGGCCGUGUUGAAGUCUUUUACGGAGGGCAAUGGGGAACUAUCUGCGAUGAUUAUUGGGAUAGAGAUAAUGCUGCAGUUGUAUGCCGUCAACUUGGUUAUCUAAAUGCUGUUCGAGCUCUCCGUGGCUAUAAUGUUCCUGAUGGUUCUGGAAAGAUUUGGUUAAGGGAUGUACAUUGUAACGGGAAUGAACAAAACUUGACCAGCUGUUUACAUGGCAGAUGGGGAAAUCAUAAUUGCGGACACGAUGACGACGCAGGGGUCGUAUGUUCUUCAACAGGUAAGUUUACGAAAAAUAAAUACUUUAUGCACCAGAAAUAUAUGAGUGUUUCUUUUCUCGAUGUAUACCUUGUGUACAAUAUCUUAAUCCUAUUUGCUCUGGGGGUGUGCACAAUUUGCGCGCCCCUAUAAUUUUGUGUCGGUCGACAUCUGGCAGAAGUGAUUCUAUUUACUUACUUGAGCUUUUAUGACUUUUAAUAUUUUUCUUCUGCGGUCAUGACUGUGAAAAGAAAUUUCAGAAAAUUCAAAGAUGUACGUACUUUUGACGACAUCCGUCAAAGAAGGCGCCAAUGAUAAACAAUGAAAACAAAACUGAGUUGGUCAUUUAUAACAGUAUUUUUAGGCUGAAUCACUUCCAAGGAUAGUUAUAGCUUCCAAGGAUAGUUUACUUCCAAAGAUAGUAAAAAAAAACAUGGUGGCUUAACGUGACGUGACGAGCAAAGUGACCUCUGUUUUAUUUGUGGUUAAAGUAUUCAUUUGUCAGUCUUUGCUAAUUCUCUACUUAUCAAAAUAAAGCUAAAGGUCUGCUCGAAGUUCUUCAACGCAUUUUAGAAUUGGUUUAAAUUAUAAUAGGUUUUGUUUGUGGAAACACCACGUAAAUAAUUAAAUUAAAAUUAUAAUAGGUUUUGUUUGUGUUUGUCCACAAACAAGACCUAUUAUAUUUUAUCACCAUGCAAACAUACAAAGAACUUAUUGGUUUAAAUAAAUCGAAAGAAAUUAUUUUGUAUUUUUUAUUGUAGCCUUAUAUCAUAUUUGUUGUGUCGCUCGCUAUAAUCUGGGUUUUUGGUUUACGCUAACAAUAUCUUUGUUGUCAUAGUUGCUGCUAUUCCUCUGAAACUUUAACAUUGGACUGUUAUGUGUGUUGCUGUUCUCGUGUGUGAAUUUCGUUUCAUUUAGAUGUACUGCAUGUUCGUGAUUUAUUGUCCUUUUUAUUAUUUUGACCGUUUGGUCUUUCAAAUUUAAAAUUUUGGUCGUCGUGUUUCUUAGCAACAACCUAGCUAUUGGGAUUACUGUGUAUGAUAGCUAAUCUACUUGACCUUUGACUCCAACUCAACAACUGGUGAUUAACCAUUAUUACGCUGAUCCUAAGUAAUAUGGCAUUAAGUGAUCACUUUUGGCAGACACUUCUACUUAUUCUCCUGUUCAACCAAUCGAUAUAUGUUGUAAAAAUAGCUGUGAAAGAAACACUACUUGUCAAAAAGUUUAAUGAACGUGCAUUUCUCUCAGUUGGUCUCUGAUGUAACUCGACCUUCAAGUGGUACUUGUUUAGAUGACAUCUACUGUCUAUACUAACAAAUGUCAGCAUACACCGCAGCACUAGUGGAAAACGGCUAUGCUCUUUCUGAUCAGCUACCAACGUUUGUUGUUCAUAAAUAUUUCAUGAUGUUCUCGCCACAUGGGAAGGUAUAUUUUUUCAAGCGAUCGACCAACAUAUAUGCCCCAACAAAACCAAAACGAAUUGCCAAGACUAAGCAUCCUCAGUGGAUUAAUAGCGACAUCCUUAAUCAGUUAAAGAUUAGAGAUAACCUGCUUUCAAAAGCUAGAAAAUCUGAAACUAAUUCAACCAAUUCAUGGAAACAAUACCGUAUCGCAAGAAAUUUAGCUUCAAACAUGAUCGAAAAAGCUAGCUAAAGAAAUUAUUUCAAAUCUUCCAUUCAAAAUAACAAAAGCAACGUAAAGUCCAUUUGGAAAUUGAUUAAAUCUCUUGGAGGUAAUAAUAAGCCAUCGCGCCUGCCAGAAUACCUCAUUGGUGAAUGCAAUAAAGCGUUAAGGAAUAGUUGUGAAAUAGCCGAAGCUUUCAAUAUUCACUUUACAUCAAUCGCCAGUAAAAUCAAAUCCUCGUUCUCUCCUGUCAAUAACUUUGAUCUAAGUAAGUUAAAACAGUUCGUAAAAUUGAAGUUGUCACCUGACAAAUCUGCGUUCAGCUUACCACCCAUCACAUGUGAGUUUGUUGAAAACUACGUGUUGAAGAUACCAUCUAGUAAAGCAACUGGAGCUGAUGGCAUUAGUGUGAAACUGCUUCAAGCAGGGAUCAAGGAGUUGGCACUAUCAAUAUCUAGCUUAAUCAAUAUGUCUUUCGGACUAGUAGGCUAAUCAAUUUCUCUCAAGAUGGAAAAUGGCUAGAGUCACUGCGCUAUUUAAGGCUGGCGAAAUUUCUGAUCUUAACAACCAUCGACCUAUCUCUAUUUUAUUUCUGCUUUCAAAGAUCAUUGAACGACAUGUACACGACUGUCUGUUUUACUAUGUCACUAUAAAUAAUCUGAUAUACUCCAACCAAUAUACUAAAACCCAUGGCUCAUAUACUCUGUUGCACUUUUCUGUCUUACACCGCAAGACAGUUGCGCUUCGUGGGGACUGUAUACUAGCUAUCAGAACAAUACCAUCGGAAAUAGAACACACACGCGUACUUUAAAACAUAUUUAUAUAAACUAUUCAAACGAUAAAAUAUAUAACAUAACAUAACAAUCCUUCUGGUUUUCUCUCGUGCGUUCAGUCUGACAAUCAACUCGAAGUAUACUAUUUAUGACAUAUGAUACAUUUCUUACGUCAAUCACUAAAUCAACUAUUGUUUGGUCUUCUACGGCGUUACCAGUAGUAUAGUGUUACAAAUUAUUCUACACACUUCCCCCUUUGAGCCUGUAAGGGUCAAACAUGACUUGUGUUCUCCAAUGUGCAUCCAAAGCUGCUGCUCUCCUACUGCGCACACAGCUUUCCACCUUACACUUCUCUCCGUCUUUCCCAUUCAUUUCCGUCUUUCCUUCCUUCCUCACUAAUUUUCGUCCGUCCUUUCUGGUUAUCAUGCCCAUCCACUUCAUUUUCAACUUUAUUAUCCUUUCUUUCUUCCGUACUGCUUCCGUUCUCAUUUAACUCUACAGGAUACAAUUUCUGAACUGGUCUAUUAAGAUAUACUGGAUUUCCUUUAGUCAUCACUCUCACUUUCGCUCCUCGAACCACUUCAUCUUUACCGACAAUUAAACUCUCAAUCCUACCUAACUUCCAAAAUCCUCUCUUAAGGUUCUCGUCAAAUACUAAAACUACAUCUCCCUUCUUCACUUUACUAUCCCUCUUCUCCCUUUUACUUCUAUGAUGCUCUCUCAAAUUUGUCAAGUAUUCUUUUCUCCAUAUCUCGCUCUCCCAAAAGUGAACUCGCAGUUUCGCUAGAUGCCUAAACCUCCGCUUAACCUUUGUUGCAUCAUUCUCUUCACUUUUGCAACUAGUCUCGUCUGGAAAUAAACUCAAUCUACGACCAAAGAUCAAAUGAUUCGGUGUUAGCACAUAGUUUUCAACCUCAUCGUAAAUGUAGGUUAACGGUCUAGAAUUCAACGUGCCUUCAACCUCAAUUAAAGUCGUCAACAGUUCUUCGAAUGUCAACUUGGCAUUCCCCAGCACCGUACGUAAACACCUCUUCACUAAACCAACCAGCCUUUCAAAGAAUCGUCCCCACCAAGGCGCUCUCUCUUAAUUAAACUGCCAUUUCACCCAAUUAUCUUGCAGAUAAGCUCUCACAUUCCCGCUCUCGUACAACUUCUUCACUGCUUUCUUUGCUGCCUUAAAUGUUUUAGCAUUGUCUGAAACAAUAAGCGUCGGUGCCCCUCGCCUGCUUGCAAACAUCCUCAAACAGUUCAAAAACUAGACACACUAAGAUUUCUUACUAAAUCCAAGUGAACUGCCCUCGUGACACAGCACGAGAACAACGCUAUGUACACCUUCACCAUUUCACCAUCUUCCCUUUCAUACAACGGCCCUGCAAGUCAACCCCAACUUUAGCAAAUGGUGGUGACUCCCACACCCUGAAGUCCGGUAAACCUCCCUCAUCAGGUUUUCCAUAAGGCUUACCCUCAAGUCUCUUACAGCCAACACACUUACCGAUGACCUUCUUCACUAUUUGAUGUCCUCGUGGUACCCAAUACUUACCUCUCAAUUCUGCCAGAGUAGCGGUGAGCCCGCAAUGAUGAACUCGUUUAUGGCAUGCGGAUAUAAUCAACUCUGUUUUAGCCAAUGCUCCUUCGGGAGAAUAAUUGGUUCCCUAGCUGCUUCCUCAAAAUCUGAAUUAGAGCGCCUACCUUUGCAUUUAAAAAUUCCAUCUCUAUCAACCAAACCUAACUGCUUUACUAAAUGCUGGAAAUCUUUCUUAUUCCUCAAACUGACUUGAGCAUCCUUGAUCAAUGCACUCUCUGCAUAUCUUAUCUCCUCUACUGUCAAAUUACCUAAAUAAAUUUCCCUAUCUUGUGAUUUUGCCUUUACAUUCUGCACAAAUCUCAUUACCCAAGAUGUUACCCUUAUUAACCCAUUAAGCUUACUAUAUGCCUUAACAUUAAUUACAUUCCCUAAGCUGGCUGAUUCACUAUGAACCUGCACUGUCAUUGUGACCGACUUCUUAACUUCCUUCAAACUAUCUUCUGUUUCUAUAAUCUCUGUAGCAACAGGCCAGUCUACUUGACGACCUAACAACCAAUUGGGACCCUUCCACCAAAGUGCACUCUCCUUCAAUCCGGAUGGGGAUACCCCUCUUGAUCCUAGAUCUGCGGGGUUUUCUAGACCAGGGCAAUGUCCCCACUCUCGCUUUUUACUCAGUCUUAAAAUUUCGUUAACCCUAUGUCUGAUGAAUUGUUUCCACUCGCCCUGGUUAUUGAUCCAGCACAGUGCUGUCUUGCUGUCGAGCCAAUAGUAGGUGUUGCUUAUCUCGACAUCAAUUGAAAGUGCUGAUCUAACUGUAUCCAUCAACCUAGCUAGAAUUAAUCCAGACAUCAGUUCUAACCUAGGAAUAGUUUGUGCGUUAAUUGGUGCUACCCUAGUCUUUGAAGUAAGAAGUUCAACUUGAUAAUUACCACUUAACUCGCAGCCAUAAUACACAACUGCACAAUAGGCUUUCAAAUUAGCAUCACCAAACCCAUGUAAUGAACAUUUGGGUUUUCCAAAUAGAUUUCCAUACACACACCUUGGUAUCAUAAUUUGACUUACAACUUCAAGAUCAUGAACCCAACCUAACCAUUGCUUCAAAUAUUUUCCUUUUAGUUCAGAAUCCAAAUCUACUUUGUCCAAACACAGUGCUUGAAACAACAUCUUAAUACUUACUACCAUUGGGCUAAGAAUUCCCAAUGGAUCAAACAACCAAACUAAUAUUAUACGAAUAUUGCGUUUGGUAACAGGUUGCGAUUUUGUUUUCUCAACUAAACCCUGAAACAAAAACUGAAACUCAUCAGUUGUACAAUUCCAAGCUAGCCCAAGGACUUUCUCUGAUGUGUCAUUUUUGCCUGUCAUGCAAAGGGAUGACUUAGCAAAUGUUUCUUCACAUGCCAAGUUUCCUCUAUCAGGCUUGAUUUCUUCCUUUGAUUGGAUUUUCUCUAAUACAGUUUUACUGUUACUAAGCCAUUUCUUAAGCUUGAACCCCCCAGAAGCUAAAUUGUUACUAGAAGCCUCAUAAUUAUAAUGAUAAUGCAUGCUCAGGGGUUUGUUCUCCAGUUACCAGGUCAUCAACACAAAAGCUGUCCUUCAACUUUCGAGUUAAUUCGGGAUUACCCUUCGAAAAGCGGUCAAGAUGGUGUUGAAGCUAAGUGUGGUAUUCAGUAAAAAUGGUGAACAGUUCACACCAAAAACAACUCUAUAAAGUAUGUACUCUACUGGCUUCACCUCAUCUUCAUGUAUGUUGCCCACUCAAAGAAACCUCAAACAAUCUCUGUCACACGGAUCAAUUUCAAUAUUUAAACUGAAAGCCUUCUCUAUAUCUGCUACAAGCGCUUUUCGCUUUUCUCUAUGUGAUACAACAACGGGGAUAGAGGUGGCCCAACAUGAAAGCAGUAAUUUAAAGAUACACCCUUCUUAGUCUCUUUACUCGAUGCAUCAUACACAACCCUGACCUUAGUGGUCUUUGCAUCUUUACGAACCACAGCAUGAUGUGGUAGAUAAUGGAUAUUAUCAGCUCUCUCUAGCUCUACAACUGGUUCUAUAAUACCUACCUCUAACUGUUCUUUAAUUACUCUGUCAUACUCUUGUAAAACUUCUGGCUCCUUCUGUAAUCUUAAAAGCUGUCCCUUUAAUCUCUGCACACUACAGCUAUAUUAGUUGGCAAUAAACUAUGCCCUUCCUUCCAAGGUAAACUUACACUAUAUCGUUGGCCAUUGAAAUGUAUUGAAUCAUUUAAUAAUUCACUAUCUUCCUCUUCAUGCUUUAUACCUAGCGUUUCAUAAUCCCAUAAUUUUUCAACACAUGCUUCAAGAUACCUAUUCUUUGACGAAGUUACAUGCCCAAUAAGGUUUACACUUACCUGUGCACACGAUGUAGGAUCAUCAUCAUCUUCAGAGCUACUCUUCAGUGGACCUGACAACACCAUCCUAAUUUGGUUUGUACCGCAACAGGUUCAUCACUCUUGCCCCUAACCGUACGCCCUUCUUGAAAUAACCACAAAUAAUCUGCGCCAAUUAGUAACUCUAUUUCUAACACAUCCUUGGUCUUACAAACAUCGGAAAAUCAUAAUCCUUGCAAAUGUGGGUAAUCUUUCUUCCUUGUCUCUACAUGCUCAUUCCUAAUCUGUGAAAUGCUGUCUACUCCAUAAACUUCAAUGUUAACACUCUCUCCCCCCUGUACUGUGGCUACGCCCAAUUCAAACACUUCUCUCAACUUCCCUUCAACUUUCUCCUGUCCGAACGUUCUAUUUUCCACCUAUUCCUUCCUCUUUACUGGCGCUCCUGCCUUCUGAGCUACCUUGCCCUUAACGAAUGACCGUUGACUUCCUGAGUCAAACAUAACCUGCACUCUCACAUUCUCCUUUCCUCCCAUUACCAAAGCCUGCGCUGUCUGCAAUGCUACUCUAUUUGCUGACCCAACGCACGAAUGUGUAGAAUGAACGACGUCAGCGGUUACAGACCCAUUAGCAAAUAGAACUAUGAUGUCGUUUACUGCAUGCAUUACAUUUACUCGUAUUUAAACAAUUACUACUAAUAUGCCCUCUUUUUAAAAAUAUAAAACACCUUCCGUACUUACGAAGUAUGCUGUUUACGCUGGCCAGCAUCCUGAAUUUUCUUACAAUCUUGUGAUUAAUGUUCUUGUAAACAAUAUACGCAUUCUUGGCUUCCCUUCCCUGGUGGUAUGAUUCACAAGAGCAGCCGCCAAUCCAUCUAGAAACUGUGGUUUCCUUCGUUCUUGUUUUGACGUGUUCGUCGUAGAUGAUUUGUGUGCUUCGCGUAAUUCAAUUUCACUCUAGAAGUGCCUUUAAAAUAUCCUGUAUCGUCCAAUUUUGAACGUCUGAUUCACUUGUCCCACGAGUUAUCGUCAAACGAAGGGAUUCUGGCAGCUUGUCGAGUAUUUUCGGAACAACAAUCGUGGCAUACGAACUUUCACCCACUCCCAGGGUUUUCAGACCUCGGCAGUUUGUCUCACAGGUAUGGUACAAUUCCCGUACAUCUCGCUCAUUACAUAUUGGCUUUAUGUUCAUCAACGCUUGAAUAUGGACUCUCUGUAUUGCCGUUUUCUUCCCAUAUCGUGUCGUUAGUAGUUUUAAUGCUUCUUUAUAGUUCGCUGCUGUUAACGUGAACCCUGCGAUAGUUGUCUGCGCGGGACCAACCAGUAGACCUUUCAAAUACGCGAAUUUAUCUACCUCUGAUAGAGCGUCAUUCUGAUUCACAGAGCUAUCAAAGGUGUCCCAAAAUUCUUGUCAAUCUUGAAUUUUCCCAUUAAAUCUUUUCACCUCUAACUUUGGGAGCUUUGCGGGAACAGUCUGUUUGGGUGUAGCGUUCAUACUCAGAUUCGAUGGUGUACCUUGUCCUUGUGGUAGUGACGGCAAGGCUUCGAACAAUGCGUCAUUUGCGUCGAGAAUUAUUUUUUGUAAUUCAGCUCGCGUAUCAUCUGUCUCCUGAAUUUCCUUUUCCAGCUGUUGUUCUGCGUCUCCGGCUUCACUAUUACUUAGUACCUCAACAAUCUCGUUGUCUAAAAGUUUCAAGGCUUCGAGUUUCUCGCUCAGCGUGUCUUUCAGCUGUUUGAGCACAUUCGUGUCCGUCUGAGGCGUUUCACUCGCAUUCGCUAAACAUCCCUUUAUCUUCGUUCCUAUCUUCGUUGCCUAACUCUGUGCGCUGCGCGUCUUCUUCUUUUCUUUGUCAGCUCGUCCAACGGCAUUGUCGUAUCUAUCUAUCUAUCUAUCUAUCUAUCUAUCUCGAUUCUUUCUUUCGUAAUCUAUCCGGUUCGCAUGCGGACCAAGUCCAAGUGUUGCACUUUUCUGUCUUACACCGCAAGACAGUUGCGCUUCGACGGGACUGUAUACUAUCACAACAAUACCAUCGGAUAUAGAACACACACGCGUACUUUAAAACAUAUUUAUUUAAACUACUCAAACGAUAAAAUAUAUAACAUAACAAUCCUUCUGGUUUUCUCUCGUGCGUUCAAGUCUGGCAAUCAACUCGAAGUAUACUAUUUGGUCUCCUACGGCGUUACCAAUAGUAUAAUGUUGCAAAUCAUUCUACACAUACUCCAAUCAAUAUACUAAAACCCAUGGCGAAGGUUGCUUCGAUGCUGUCUCAAAAGUUGAUCAUGUACAUGUUUCUGUUUGCUCUGUUUGCUUAUUUUUAUACCUGGAAAAACUAUAACAGCUUAGAAAAUAGUGUGGUUGGAUUAAAUGAGGGAAUAAGCAUUAUGAAGAUUCAAAUAAAGAGCUAUUAUUCGACCAAGGUGAGAGGUGAUGUCGAAGUUAAUUAUCUAAGUAAGAAACCAUUAAGUACUAAAGUGUGCGAAUGAUUAAAUUACCAAGCCAGUUGAUUAUUUAACGCCUUGCUGCUUUCAAAUGAUGUUGCAGUAAACCCUUGACCUAUGAAUGUGAAAUCAAUAAAGGGAUUAAAGUUUCUCCACUUGAAUAGUAUAUGCAGUUUGAGAAACGAAGUGGACGAGUUAAAACUAAUGUGUGAUGAAUACAAGCCGCAUGUUGUGUAUUUAAAUGAGACUUGGCUCGAUCGAUCUUUUGAUAACAGCGAAAUAGGUAUUCAAGGAUACAACAUAAUACGACAGGACAGGGAUAGAUUUGGUGGUGGUUUGGCAGUUUAGGCUACAUCUUAGAAUAUAUGACUUAUAGGCAGAUUGACUAUGACUUUAAUUUAACGAUAGCGUGCAAUUAGAUGCAAAUUUCGAAGCUAUAUGGAUUGAACUAAUGCCAACCAAGACCAAAACCAUUAAAGCCGGGUUUGUUUACAGGCCAACGGAUUUAGACCCCAAGGUUUUUACGCAGAACAUAUAAUAUAUUCUGUCAAGGUCUGCUGAUUGUCAGCACGAAACUAUCUUGAUGGGUGACUUUAACUUUGACUUACGAGCAGGUACUUUAAAUUCAAUGAAUGCACAAACCAGAAGUUUCUUGAAUACAACUAAAUUGUAUAAUCUGAAACAGAUAAUCGACGAGUGCACAAGAAUUACGGAACAUUCUAGAACACUGAUUGACUUAUUUUUUUACCUCAUGACCAGAAUUAUAUUCUUCAAAAGUUAUUGCUAUAGGAUUUUCUGAUCAUUGUGCAAUACUCUCGGCCAGAAAAUUACAUCAAUUUAAACGAGCACCACCCAAAUAUAUCGAAGCUAGAAACUGUAAAUUAUUCAACAGCGAGUUGUUUAAUCAGGAUUUGAAUCGAAUUCCUUGGAAUAUACUAGAGUUUGAAACUGAUCCUGAUGAUGUGUGGACUUGUUUUAAAGAUUUAAUUUAUUUUUGACUGUGGCAGAUAAACAUGCACCCGUUGUAACGCGUCGUAUACGAGGAGAAUCCCACCCAUGGUUAACAAAUGAAAUAAAUUAUUUGAUACAUCAAAGAGAUUAACGUCAUAAGAAAUUAACGAUAAAAACAGAUAAUAUUUAUCAUUGGAAUAUGUACAAAAGAUUGAGAAAUGCAGUGACCGGUAAAUGAGAAAAGCAAAGAGUUGUUAUUAUGUAAAUGAACUGACAGAAUCGAAGGAUACUAAGGGAGCGUUUCUUUUGUAAAUAUAGCUUUCGAUUUUUAGGAUUCGGAUUUUUUGGAUUCGUUAAACAAAUGGAACGAAUUGUGAGAAUCGGAAUUCGCCUGCCGUUUUCCAGCCAAGUUUUCUGUCCCACUAUACCUUUCGGUCGGGUCAAGGUACAUGCUAGAAGGCCAAAAGCUUAAAAGGAACGUUGAAUCCUAAUCGAGUUUCAGAUUGAAUCCGAAAAAUCCAUAUAUUGAGGUGGAUUCAACAAAUUCGAAUCUAUUUUAAGAUUUUGUUAAAUGAAACUGAAAAUCGAUAAUCGGAUUUGAAGAUCCAAAUCCGGAUUGCACUAAAGGAACGCACCCAAAGAGUAUGUGGAAAGUUUUAAAUAGGAUUCUCCCAAGCAAGAAAAAGAACUAUGAUGGAAAUGCAACAAAUACCAUGCAUUUACAAUGGAAAUAUUUAAUCAGUUCUUUACUUCAAUAGUAAAUCAGCUAUGCAAUUUCAGAGUUUCUCUCCCAAGGGUGAUGAGCCCAAGGGUUACGGAAAAUUUCUCACUAAGUAAUGAGGCUGUAUCCUAUGUGUAUUCUGAACUUGUAAAGAUCUCUCCAAAUAAAGCUACAGGUUUGGAUAAUAUCCCAUCGCGACUGCUGACAGAAUCAGCUAAACGAUUGCAGAACAUUAACAUAUCUCAUUAACCUAAUCCUGCAAAGAGUGCACGGAAACAAGCCAAGGUCAUCCCCGUGCACAAAUCAGGAAAACGCGAUAAUCUAAACAAUUAUCGCCCAAUAUCAGUGCCUCCAGUCCUAUCGAAGAUAAUGGAAAGAGCAGUUCAAAUUCCACUAGUCAAUUUUCUUAUAAAUUAAAAUAGUGUGUUAUCCCAAUUUCAAUCUGGCUUUCGAAAGAAGUACUCGACGGAAACGGCAAUAGUUUAUUUAUCUGAUAGAAUUAUAGAACAUAUGGACAGGCAGCGUUCGUGUGGGGCUUGCUUUCAUUGACCUCAAGAAGGCCUUUGAUUUGGUAGACCACAAAUACUUACUACAUAAACUUGAACAUUAUGGAGUAAGGGGUAAUUCAUUAAAGUGGUUUAAAGAUUACAUCACUACUAGAACGCAAAGGGUUAAGUAUGACAACAAAUUAUCUGGUGGAACUGAAAUCAAUUAUGGUGUUCCACAAGGUUCUAUUUUGGACCUCUUUUGCUUUGUAUUACACAUUAACGAUCUACCAGAAUGCAUAACAAAGUUUGACAUACAUUUGUAUGCGAAUGAUGCCGUAAUUUAUUACGCAGACACGACUGCAAGGGAAGUAGAAAUAACACUGCAGAACGACAUAGAUAAAGUUUCGGAUUGGUUGGAAGAAAAUAAACUACUGCUAAAUCAAAAGAAAACGAAGGUGAUAUUGUUUGGUACGAAACCAAAACUUAAUAAAGUUAUAAACGUUUAGUAUCCUGCACAAGGGACAAGAAAUUGAGCGUGUCGUAAAGUUUAAAUAUCUGGGUAUCAUCUUCGAUCAAUGUAUGACAUGGAGGAGAGCACGUGGAAUCAGCUGGAAGGGAAGUAAUGAAACGAUUAGGAUUGUUAUCUCGAAUUAGAAACUCUCUAACACUUCGGGCAGCAAAAUGUGUCUAUAACACUAUCAUACAACCAAUAUUUGACUAUGCUGAAAUAAGUUGGGGAGCGAUGUUACAAACGUGCAAUACUGAAAUGCAAAGACUUCAAAAUAGAGCGGCAUGUAUUGUUGUUAAAAGUAAUCGAACAGAAAAUUGCUUCCCUUCGCUCAAGUGGCUCCAUCUUUCGACAAGGAGAAAAGUUCAUAGCUGUAUUUUAAUUUUUAAAAUUCUAAAUGGUAUUGCACCAACUUAUCUUGAUAAUUAUUUUGUCAAAAACGAUAAUAUUCAUAAUUUCAAUACAAGACGUAAGGAAAAUUUUGUAUUACCCAGAGUAAAUAGGGAACUUGGUAAGAAAACGGUUAGGUUUCAAGGGGCAAAAGACUAUAAUGAGCUACCAACUAAAAUUAAGAAAUCUCUAACUUUAGCUAGUUUUAAAAGUAGAAUUAAACAACAUUCUAUAUCUGAACUGUAAAUAUGUUGGAAUUAAUUUGGAUUAGACAUAGGAUUGCAUAAUUUGUGUACUUAUAGCUAAUAAUAUGCAGGGCCCCUAUGGAUACCAGCUUAACAGCUGAAUGGGCUACUCUGCUUAAAUGAAGUCACAACAACAACAACAACAACAACAACAACAACAACAACAACAACAACAACAACAACAACAACAACAACAACAACAACAACAACAACAACAACAACAACAACAACAACAACAACAACAACAACAACAACAAAGAUCAAUCCGGAUUUCGAAGCGAAUUUGACACAGAAACUGCUGUUGCAUUUAUCGUUGACUCUCUUUUACUCAACCUGGAUAAAAAUCUCAUUAAUGGCUUUGAUAUGGUUGAUCACUGUAUCCUGCUUGACAAACUUGGAGUACACCAUCUUGAUCAGAGCUCGCUUGAUUGGUUUAAAUCCUAUCUAUAUCAGACCGUAAACAAUAUGUUAACUUCAAAGGCCAGUCAGCUGCUGUAGUAUUUGUAGGAUGCGAUAAGUUAAUAAUUAACUUCUAAGCAUGUAAAAAACGUUGAUUGACAUUUGUAAUAAAUCAUUAUUCAGUCUAUUCUACAAUGUCGACGAGGAUGUAAAAAUAAACAGCGUGAAAAAUAUAACAGAAAACUAGAAUGGCGGCACAAAACAUAUAGCCUAUGCCUGCUUUUGAACCAAGGAGUGAUCCUACAAGUACAAGUACAAGUGCGAGAUGGACACGGUGGCUGGAGACAUUCAACACAUAUUUACUUGCAGCAGAUAUUAAUGACGAUGCGAGAAAGCGAGCUUUAUUAUUGUAUCAGGCGGGGUCCGAAGUACACGAAUUUUUCAAGACUCUAUAAGAGGGCGAAACCAAAGAUUUUAAGUCAGCAGUGAAAGCGUUGACGGAGUAUUUUGAACCAGAGAAAAACGUGAUAUAUCGCACCUAUGUUUUUAGACAAGCGACGCAAGGAAAAGAGGAAUCAAUCUACGAAUUUCAUACGCGUUUACGAGGCUUGGCAAAAAACUGCGAAUUUACAAACAUAGAUUUUGAAAUUAAGAUGCAGAUUGUAAGUUGUAAGCCACAAAUUGACAUUUGACUAUGAGUAUUGCAUGGUCAUUUUCUUGUGAAAUAUCAGUGCUAGACAUUUCACACUUACCAAUGGCCACCCCUAAAAACACCAUCUCUCAACCAUAUAAGCACCUCAGAAUAGCCAAACCUUGUAUGGUUUGGUAGAUAGCACUAUGGCGAAAGCGUCGUUUUUGGGUGUGGUCGGUUUCGGACGUUUCGUCCCGGAUUGGGGUUCGGGCAGCGUUACCAUGUUGACCGUCAUGGUCAACUUACCCUAAAACAGUUGAGAUUAUCUGUCCUAAAUGAAAUGCAUACAAACUCAUAUACAGGUCCUAGACUAUAAAGUACUCGAUUAAAAGUUUCAAUAAUUAAAAAAUUGAACAUUUGGUUCCAAAUUUUUUUUAAAAAGAAUUUUGAAGAAAAUUGAAGAGUGUCGGCACUAGCUUAGGUUCUAAGCUUUUUAGAAAUAUAUAAUUCAUUUGGACAAAGUUGGGGAUAUAAGACAGAGUGACGUGACGCGCCGUUGCGCGCGAAGGCGCAAGCCAAAGGGCUCCGCAUUUAAUACAGAUUUAUUUCCGCUGUAUUUGCGAGAUCUGGACGCAAAAUUACACUUAAUUCAAGAUAAAGUGAAGAUUUACCUGUAUAAAGUUAAGAGCUGUUAAUCAGGUACAUGAUAAAGUAUAUUUUUGCGAAUAUAAAUUGUUUUAAAUUACAAUUUGUGAGAAAGUUUUGUUGAAACAGUUUAAAUUGAUCACAUCACGCAAGGAAACGACGCACGUAAGGUGCAUGCGACAUCACUUACGUCAGCGCGAGAACGUUUUCAUUCUAAUCUGUACGUGCAAGCUCAAUUAGAAUCCACUAACUUUGAAAAUUGGAAAUCUUGCGGGUUAUUACAUUUAUUUGAAUAUUUUCAACGUUAUGAAGAAUUAUCGAAGAUUUGCGUGUAUUUUCAACUAUAUAAGAGACGGUGUAAAAUGCUUCAUGCUUUGUGUGUUCAUUCUUUGGUUGUGUUCUAAAUCAAAACCUUAUAAUCCUCCUCGCAGAAAUGCUAAAGACAUAGUUAUCAACUCAGAACUUGCAGUUCUACCGGAAAAAAUAUGUAUAAUUUGGACUGCUGCUCGUGAUCUCAAGCAAAGGAAGUUUUACUAUCCGCUGAACUACCGUUACGGGCUAAAUCUUCAAGUGAAUCAAAAGCUAUCUCACGUUGUCUUAUUAAUUUUGCUCGCUGGUGAUGUAGCAACUAAUCCUGGCCCAGCGUAUUAUUCAGCUUCAACGAACAGUGCUUCAAGAAAGCAAGUUAAGUGCUCAAGACCUGUCUAUAAUGGAAACAUCCGAAGAAAAACCGUUAAACGUAAACCGUUAGAAAACUCGAUGUACUUUCUUCUUGGAUCAAGAUUGUUUAUAAACACUUCUGUUGCUAUCAAUCUUCUACGUUUAUCUGGUGAUAUUGAAAGUAAUCCUGUUCCUGUGUUUGAAAUCCCUGGUUGUUUAAAGUAAGUCAUCUUAAUGUACGAAGUUUACUUCCAAAGAUUGAUUUGAUACGCUUGUUUAUCAGCAAGAAUCCAUUUGACGUUUUUACCCUUUCUGAAACUUGGCUUAAACCUUCAAUCACUAAUGCUGAAAUCAACAUACCUAACUAUCUAAUCACUCGUCAAGAUCGGAAAGAUAAAGCUGGUGGUGGGACAGCUAUUUAUGUUAGGGAAGGUUUACCUUACCGAACUCCAAAUGACUUAUGCAGUGAAUCUAUCGAAACAUGUUGGAUUGAAAUUAUACGACCUCGUACGAAAUCAAUGUUUGUUUGUUCAGUCUAUAGACCACCUGAAUUUCCACUAAAUCAUUUUAUUGAGGAGUUAAACCAAAAUAUUGUCAAAAUUCCGGAUAACGCAGAAAUUAUAUUAUUGGGUGAUUUCAAUGUCGACUACAAACAACGCUCAGCGGUCAGAUCACGCAUGCAAAUACUAGCGCGUGCUCAUUCACUCGAAUAGAUCAUUGCGUCACCAACAAGGAUCACUGAAAACACGCAAUCAAUGAUAGAUUUAAUCUUCGUAAACAAUCAGCCACGCGUUGUUUCAAGCAGAAUUUACCCGUUAUCGAUCAGUGAUCAUUCACUUAUUUAUUGCUCGAUUAAAGCAGGAGUCCAAAAAUCAGGCGGAUGUCAUCGAGACAUUAAUUACCGUUGUUGUAAGCAUUACGACAAAAGCACUUUUGUUGAUGAUUUAGAAAAAUCUGAUUCGACUUUCGUGGAUUCGUUAGACGACAUUAAUGAAAUCGUAAAUAAAUGGUGCGACACAUUUUCUGAAUCAGCCAAUAGACAUGCCCCAAUUAAAACCAAAAGAGUAAAAACGACUGUGAAAGCGCCAUGGAUGACUUCUGAACUUCUUGAACUUAUGCGUGAACGUGAUUUCCAUUUAAAACAUGGCCAAAAAUCUAACUCCGACAACCACUGGAACACCUACCGCGAACUGAGAAAUUCCAUAAACCAACAAGUUAAGAUAUGUAAAUCCAACUACUACCAAAAUCUCAUCACUAAUAAUAAAGAUAAUCCUGGUGAACUUUGGAAAACCAUCAACGAACCACGAUCUAUAGCAACAAUCAUGAACGACUAUUUCACGUCUAUAGGGUCUAAACUUGCGAAUAAAAUAAAUUAUCAAUUCAAACCAAAGUUACGUGCGUCUACCACUACCUUUCCCCAUUCAUUCCAGUUCGAAGAAGUCGACGAAUUAAUUGUGUUUCAGGAACUGAGCAAACUAAAAACCAACAAGGCUACUGGCCUAGAUGGGAUUAGUGCUAAACUGCUUAAAGUCACCGUUUGCGUUAUUGCACCAACUCUCACAAAGAUCUUUAAUCUCUCGCUACGCUGUGGUUCAUUUCCCGACAUCUGGAAGAAAGGUAAAGUUACCCCCAUUUACAAAUCUGGCGAUCCAACUUCAUCGAACAACUAUAGACCAAUCACCAUUCUACCGACUUUGAACAAAUUAUUAGAACGUAUAGUCAACCGUCAAAUUUACAAUUAUCUACAAGAGCAUAAGUUAUUGGCUUCUGAACAAUUCGGUUUUCGCCCCAAACUCUCCACCACUGUUGCCCUUGCUCACUUUACUGAACAAGUGCUCGUUAACCUCGAUAACAAAAAGAUUACGGGCGCCGUUUCCAUUGACCUACGAAAAACAUUCGACACGGUAGAUCACAUUCUUGCAGGAAAAAUUAAAAUCGAUUGGAAUCUCUACCUCUGUUCUUGUAUGGUUUACAUCAUAUCUAUCGAAUCGCACUCAAGUAACAACCAUCAACAAUUCAAUGUCCACUCCUAGUUACUGUUGGUGUUCCGCAGGGAAGUAUUCUCGGACCUUUUCUCUUCCUAAUUUACAUUAAUGACCUACCUGAAUGCCUCAAACAUUGCAAGUCGAUACUCUAUGCUGAUGACAGCCUAGACUUAGGCCUUCUAGUCUUAUUUAUAUUUUUUCAUAUUCAGCGCUUUUUCACAUGAAAAUACUGGGACUAGGUGAUUUGGGGGCGGGGCGGAGGAACCAAGCCUAGAAGGCCUAGUGGAUUUCCCAACAACAAGGCCAAAACUGCCCUGAAACUGCCCUGGUUGCGAAAUGCCCAAUUAUUGCGUUCUCAAACAGAAUUAUUUGCAACUUAACGGCGAAUUUAAACCGAUACAGGUAAAAUAAACUCAUUUAUAGUAUAAACUUACUAUUUUUAUUUGUACACACGUCUAGAAAAUCGGGGUUUUUAUCAUAAAGUUCGAAGCAACACUAUUAUUUAAUAUAUUGACAUUUUAUACUUGACAAGGUGUAGCGAAAGCACAAAAUGAGUCAAAAUAUAUACCAAAAGUAGAAUCUUUCAUGAAAUUUUGUCUUAUCACACAACUACAUUAAUAUAUAUUUUCUCAAUUUUGGCAAGAAGCAGUCUUGUGUUUGUAAAAUAUACAAACACAUAUGCAAUUAUAAUUUAUUAAAUAAAACGGACACAUAUAUUAUUAGCCCGUACAGUACUGUAUAUAAAAACGUACAUUGUUUACAAAUGGUAUAUCCGUAAUAUUUGAACAAUAAUUUCAAAUUCCUCAUUCCCAAAUAUAGUUAUUCAAAGCAAAACAGUAGAUUGUCUUGCGAAUAAAAGAAUUAUUAGUUUGUGCUUUCGCUUCACCUUGUCAACAUAAUAAUAGUGUUGCUUCAAACUUUAUGAUAAAAACCCGAUUUUCUAGACGUGUAUACAAAUAAAAAUAGUAAGUUUUACUCUAAAUGAGUUUAUUUUACCUGUAUCGGUUUAAAUUCGCUGUUAAGUCGCAAAUAAUUCUGUUUGAGAACGCAACAACUGGGCAUUUCGCAAUCAGGGCAAUUUCAGGGCAGUUUUGGCCUUGUUGUUGGGAAAUCCACUAGACCUUCUAUUUUUUCGCUUGCGUCUGGCUUGUAUCCUUCCUCCGCCCCGCCCCCAAAUCACCUAGUCCCAGUCUUUUCAUGCGAAAAAGCGCUGAAUAUUAAAAAAAUAUCAAUAAAAAUAGAAGGCCUAGGUCUAGGCUGUGCUGAUGAUACACUUCUAUGUUAUUCUACGUUUACGGUUUACAAAAAUGUUUAAUAUUUCAAAAUGAAUAUAAUAAAGUGGAAAUUGAACUUCAUGUCGUGGAAUUUUGGACGGAAAUCAAACUUGGGAAUACAAAUCGCUUCGCGGUCGUGCGAUUUUGUAAUUACGCGUUUUGAUUUCAGUCCAAAUUGCACUCCACUCAGUUCAAUAACCAUUAUAACUGACAUAAAUUAGUUAGUCCCAUCGUAUCCGUACAGGAUGUCUAUACGUGUGCAGACACAAUAAUAGUAGUUUAGCCAAUAAACAAAAGUGAAGUGCUCACUGCAACAUGAAAACAUUUAUUGCCUUACUGUAAUUAAACAUUUAUUGCCUCGCAAGUUUAUAUAAACUACGAAUUACCAAGAUUGUGUUAAAACAAACAAUGUAAAAUGGAAGAAAUGAAUACACAACAGGAAACAGGAUAUGCUGCUGAAACCGUUUAAUGGGUUCGUUAAAUUUUAAACUCAUUUACACUAUAGAGACUUGUCAUGAAGUAAAAAUGGUGUAUAAAUCUUGUUGAUUUUUCUUUCGUCGCCAUAUAACAACACUAACUAUAUUGAGACUCUCGGGAAAACAAAACAAACUAUUUCUUUCGGGAACAGAGAUUAAGUGCAUAAUAUUAUUGAUCAAUCUGUAUAGAUGUAGAUGAAUGUUCCGAAAUUUGGACAACUGCGCCAGCCGGGGUUCUCAAUGUAUCAACACUAUUGGGAGUUUUUCGUGCAGAUGCAACAAUGGUUAUACCGGAAAUGGCAUGACUUGCACUGGUAAGGUGAUCCAAUCUUGUAACUCAAUGCUGCAAUGACUUCGUGCUCUAUUCUUCACUUCUUGUGUUUCUUUUUAGACAUCAAUGAAUGUACCCUAUCUAUUGACAACUGUCCCCAAAACAGAAGAUGCAUCAACACUGUUGGAUCGUUUCGUUGCAAUUGUGAUAGUGGAUAUUCCUGGAAUAGGACGGUUUGCGAAGGUACAAUAUUACAAUAUACAAUCUAAAGCCCCGUUUACACUACGCUCAAUUUUUGGUACGGUACGGAUAAAAUUGGUACCCGUACAACUUUUUUGGUUCUUGGUUUUGGAUUUCUGGGUUUCUUUUAGAUUUUGAGGCUUUUGAUUUUUAAAUUUUAGAUUUUAUUCUAUUCAAAGAUAGUAAGUUGGAAAUAUUGCGGCAAUCAGUACACUGUACUUAUAGUAUUAAAGUAUACUGCCGUAUAUUCAUCGUCAUUAAAAUAGACAUUUAGUCCAGUAACUGAAUAGAAUAAAUAUUGAAUACGAAUUACAAAAUAGUGAUUUAGACUAUUAGUGUUGUUACACAGAGCUAUUAGAUGUAUAACUGACCGCAAACUGUAGUGUGUACGAUAAUAUAUAAUUAUUUGUUACCCCCGUAAUACUAAAGCACCAGAUCGGUUUUCUUUUACGAGAUCUAUAUCAAGGCCUAUUGUACCCUAUUGUAUUAGAUGCAGCUGCAUGCAUGCAGCAAAGUGUAGUGUAUACGAUAUUAUAAUAUAAGUGGGAUAUAUAUAACAGGCAAUUUGAUUGGCUAAAGCGCGUGCAUUGUGACGCAAUAAUGCACUGUGUUCCGUGGCACUGCCUUGCUCUUUCCGUGUUUUUCGUGCCCUGAACCAUCACAUCACACUGUGGGACAUCUGAAAAACAAAUCUACGUGUAAAAACAGUGUAAAAAUUAACCCGCUUGGCAUUUGUUUUUGUUUCGAAAAGAAAAAACGUGCAAAAUAGUCUGAACAAAGAAACAGCGUGCAAACUGG